CCCGAACAACCCUUCGAGGUCCGAGCGGACGCGCCGCCGCCGGACGUCACCAGAGAGCUCUGAAGCGAGGAAUGGCGGAGCGGCAGGUGGCGGAGCUGGGCCCCGGCGCGGCGUGCUGCGGCUGGAACCACUGCGGUCGCCGCCUUGCCGCCGGCGCCGUCGACGGCUCCGUCUCCGUAUACGAUUCCCACCCGUCCCCUUCCUCCAAGUGGCAGGCCCACGAGCACGGCGUUGUGAAUGUUGUCUGGCUUCCUCCUGAGUAUGGGGACGCUAUAGCUUGUGUUUGUGCUGAUGGGACACUGUCUUUGUGGGAGGAGGUUGCUGAAGAUGAUCAACUUCCAGUCUGGAGGAAGUGUAAAGUCUUUGAGGGGGGCAAUUGUCACAUACUAAAUGUACAGUUUGGAUUGCAUCUGGCAAGUCUGAAAAUGGUUACUGCAUACUCAGAUGGCCAAGUGAAGGUCUACGAGCUCUUGGAUUCACUGGAAUUAGACAAGUGGCAGCUUCAGGCAGAGUUCCAGAACAUUACCGAUCCAGUUUCCAGAUAUGGAAAGCCAGCAUGCAUUUCUGCAUCAAUAGCAUGGAAUCCAAGAAGAGAUGGAAGUCAACAGGCUAGUUUUGCUAUUGGCUUCAAUUCAGAUUCUCCUCAUUUCAACUCUUGUAAGAUUUGGGAGUUUGAAGAAGCUCAUCAGCGUUGGCUUCCACUUGUUGAGCUUGGUUCGUCCGAGGAUAAGGGAGAUAGAGUGUGUGCUGUAGCAUGGGCUCCUAACAUUGGCAGACCAUAUGAAAUCGUCGCGGUUGGUACCUGCAAAGGAAUUGCAAUAUGGCACAUAGGUUCGAACCCUGACUCUGAUAGCGGUCUUUCAGCAGAGAAUGUUGCGGUACUUUCUGGCCACGGUGGUGAGGUAUGGCAGCUGGAAUGGGACAUGGGCGGUAUGACACUAGCAUCGACUGGAGGCGAUGGCAUGGUGAAGCUAUGGCAGGCUAACUUGGAUGGAGUUUGGCAUGAGCAAGCUGUUCUUGACUGCAGUGGAUCACAUAACUAGGGGUUUCAUAGAACAUUUUUGUUCCCCUUGUGCAAACAAGACGCUAGGUGUUGCUGCCUUGUUGCAGGAUUCUGCAGCGUUUCUUUCACUUAUCGUCCGUGGACUAUUCAUUUGUUGUUGGUUUAGCCCUAUCAAAACAUGGUCCCCCAAGGACGAUGCAACUGCUUUUAUGACAUCUGGUGUGAUGCAACAGUUUUUUUUUUUACUACUUAUGUGAUGGGUGAUUGUAACGCUUGAGGGACCGCCUUUCAAGUUCAAAAAAGGAAGGUAAUCAUAUUCUUAUUGGAAGCUACGCAGCUUUGAGCAUAA